AUCAGUAAUUAUUCAGCAAUGUUUUGAACAAGAAAUGUCAGCCAGAAAGGGCUAUCUUCAUCCUCCGUCAAAUUAUACCACAACGAUGACAUGUCCCAACAACCAAGCUGGAAAUUCGUUUUUCGUGGACUCUUUAAUUAACGUGAGAACCGACAGCGGUUCAUAUUACCAAAGUAACGGGGUCUAUUUGCCACCGGCGUCGGAAUAUUCAUAUGGACUCUCCGGAGGCUCGUGUUUCCCGGGAAUCGGUAAGCGCAACGAGCCAAGCACCCAAAGCGUGAUCCCGUCUUCUGCCCCGUAUGUUCAGGGGAUGGAAACGUGGUUGGAAACGUCUAGAUCCUGCCGGGUGGAUCAGCCCAACAGCCAGCAUAUGCCACAGUGUUCAUUCUCACCGAAUAUAAAAGAGGAGAGCGCUUAUUGCCUCUAUGAGUCUGACAAAUGUCCAAAAGGAGCCACAGUAGAUGACUACUCAACCGCAUCAUGCCCGGUUACCGGCAGCACUUUGCCAGUCCCCGGCUACUUCCGCCUGUCUCAGACAUACGCGUCCUCUAGGCUUUACCAUGAUGUCCAGCCAAACAUGAAUCACUUUACUCUGCAGCGUCCUGUCCGCCUGGACAGCCAGCCCUCCCGGCCCCCGGCUGCCUCUGCUGAGCCGGAGCGGAGGGAGAGCCACGAGGAGGCGCCUGUCCCCGCGCCCUGCGCCCCGGCCAGAGACGAGGACAGCCGCCUCUCCUCGGAUAUCUCCUCCUCCCCUGAGCCCGAGGAGACGUGCAGUACUGAGUGUCCGGAAAAGCCAGUAAAAGGAGAUGGAAAAAUGGAAACCACGGCUAAUUGGCUCACAGCUAAGAGUGGCCGAAAGAAGCGCUGCCCCUACACCAAGCACCAGACUCUGGAGCUGGAGAAGGAGUUUCUCUUCAACAUGUACUUGACAAGAGAGCGCCGUCUGGAGAUCAGCCGCGGUGUGCACCUCUCUGACAGGCAAGUCAAAAUCUGGUUCCAAAACAGGAGGAUGAAACUGAAAAAAAUGAGCCGGGAGAAUAGGAUCCGAGAGCUCUCAGGCAACUUCAGUUUCUCAUGAGACUGUCUGCGUCUUUGGCGCCCUCCUCCAUCCAUGGCAAGGGCGCCUGCAGAGCCCCCCCUUCCCAACCCUACUGUGAGAAUGUCCAUGGAAACAAGGACCCUACUGCUAACUUAUUGAUUGUUGUUCUUUCUUGUUUUCACGUCUGUUUUGUUGUUGUCGUGGAUAUGUAUUUAUAAAUGGCUACAUUUGUAACGUUGAUCCAUUGUGUUUAAAAUGUUCAGAAUGUGACCACAAUGUUUCAGAGUUUCAGGCGUGUACAUAGUGUAUAGUCAACCUGAGUGAACCAUUGGAAUUUGCAUGCUGGACUAACCCUUGGGACACUUGUGUUACAGUUACAUGUACCUUUAUGUGCCAACUAAAGAGCCCAAGAGGUCUGAUGAAUAUUUGCACAUUUAUUUCUGGUAAAAUUAAUAAAACCAUCCCUGCAACUGCAGACUUCUUAUUUCAUUCAUGAAGGGCAUGCUAGGUGCUGCGCUUUGUUUAAAUCUUAAAGUUGGCACAGGUAGAGUGCAUGGUGCUAAUGCCUUUGUGUUUUGGAAAGUGUCCGGUCUGUGUGCAGUAAAUAUCCUUACAGUAGAGGGUGAUGUUUUUCAUAGUUUAGGCCUUUAAUUGAAGUCUGGUGUCUGUGAACAUCGCAUUGCCUUUUGUCCUUGACAUCAGACUUCAUUUUAAACUAAAUACAACGAAUGGAGGCACAGUGAUGUUGUAAAAUGUAUUUCAGAAUUGUUUUAUCUUUUUAAAAAGUGAGGCCUUGUUGCAAAAAAAAAGGUCAAACAAUUACAAAGGUAAAAUUCUUCAUUUGAAGGUUUGGGCAGCGGCGCAUGUGGACUGCCUUGGACUGAAGCAGCAAAAUCCCUGUUUGUGAAUUGCCGCACUCGUUAGAUCACGAUUAAAAUCUUCUUUUCGCCUUUAAAUAUUUCCACAAAAAAAAACAUUUAAUCCUGCCAUACUGAGAAACUACAUAAUUUCUUCAACACACAUUAUAAGAGAUAUUGCUGAAGAGAAGAGCGGGCUGUUGAGUGGUUUAGGUAGUCUCAUGUUGUUGGGCUUUUAUAUUUCUCCCACAACACGAAACUGUCUUGAUUACCACAGUAAAAACUCGUCGCAUCAUGAAAAGUGAGUCCCUUAUAAUUACUCGUCGAUUUGUGUUAAUUAUUUUUCACAGACUGCUUCAAAUCACAAUAUAAUUUGAAAAAAAGUGCAAUAAAGUGUUUUAUUGUUGUGCGUAAAAUGAA